CGCAACCUCAGAAACCAAGAACCUGCACAUGGAGGACGUGAAGCUGCAGUCCGGGAUGAGGGUUAAAGAGUUUCCAGAGAUCGAACUGCUGCCAGCAGGUGAGACGGCCACGGCUGUGAUGGGCAUCGAUUUCUGUGACUCAACGCAAGCAGCAAACUUCCAGCUGUGCACUCACACCAGAAAAUUCUUCGUGUCGAUUCAGCCGCCGAUCGGGGAGCUGAUGAGGCCCGUCUUCCUGACAGAAAAUGAGUUUAAAAAGGAGCAAGGUCAGCUGAUGGGCAUGAACGAGAUCUCAGAGAAGCUGACUCUGGACGCUAAGUGUCGGAAUGAACACGCCAUCGUCCAGAGGGUGACCACCGCCGCCAACCUCAGCAGAGUCCCCUGUGGUUCAGAUAAAGAGUGCAGGUUUGCGGGCCGGACGGUGACCAGCGGCAGCCUGGUGUUGGCAACCGUGGCAACCAAAGAGGACGGCGCCGGCCAGCUGACGGUCAACUGUGAGAAGAUGGUGAUCAGCACGAUGCUGGUGAAGGACAUCAUGCAGGCUCUGACGCAGUGA